AUGUAUUAUGGCUGCAGCUCUACAGUCUGUGUGCAGCUCUACAGUCUGUGUGCAGCUCUACAGUCUGUGUGCGGCUCCUACAGUCUGUGUGCAGCUCUACAGUCUGUGUGCGGCUCCUACAGUCUGUGUGCAGCUCUACAGUCUGUGUGCGGCUCUACAGUCUGUGUGCGGCUCCUACAGUCUGUGUGCGGCUCCUACAGUCUGUGUGCGGCUCCUACAGUCUGUGUGCAGCUCUACAGUCUGUGUGCAGCUCCUACAGUCUGUGUGCGGCUCCUACAGUCUGUGUGCGGCUCUAUAGUCUGUGUGCGGCUCCUACAGUCUGUGUGCGGCUCUACAGUCUGUGUGCAGCUCUACAGUCUGUGUGCAGCUCCUACAGUCUGUGUGCGGCUCCUACAGUCUGUGUGCGGCUCCUACAGUCUGUGUGCGGCUCCUACAGUCUGUAUGCGGCUCCUACAGUCUGUGUGUGCAGCUCUACAGUCUGUGUGCGGCUCUAUAGUCUGUGUGCGGCUCCUACAGUCUGUGUGCGGCUCCUACAGUCUGUGUGCGGCUCUACAGUCUGUGGGCAGCUCUACAGUCUGUGUGCGGCUCUACAGUCUGUGUGCGGCUCCUACAGUCUGUGUGCGGCUCCUACAGUCUGUGUGCGGCUCUACAGUCUGUGUGUGGCACUACAGUCUGUGUGCAGCUCCUACAGUCUGUGUGCGGCUCUACAGUCUGUGUGCGGCUCCUACAGUCUGUGUGUGGCUCCUACAGUCUGUGUGCGGCUCUAUAGUCUGUGUGCGGCUCUAUAGUCUGUGUGCGGCUCCUACAGUCUGUGUGUGGCACUACACUCCUACAGUCUGUGUGCGGCUCCUACAGUCUGUGUGCGGCUCUACAGUCUGUGUGCGGCUCUAUAGUCUGUGUGCAGCUCCUACAGUCUGUGUGCGGCUCCUACAGUCUGUGUGCGGCUCCUACAGUCUGUGUGUGGCACUACAGUCUGUGUGCGGCUCCUACAGUCUGUGUGCGGCUCCUACAGUCUGUGUGUGGCUCUACAGUCUGUGGGCAGCUCUACAGUCUGUGUGCAGCUCCUACAGUCUGUGUGCGGCUCCUACAGUCUGUGUGUGGCACUACAGUCUGUGUGCGGCUCCUACAGUCUGUGUGCGGCUCCUACAGUCUGUGUGCGGCUCCUACAGUCUGUGUGCGGCUCUACAGUCUGUGUGCGGCUCUAUAGUCUGUGUGCAGCUCCUACAGUCUGUGUGCGGCUCCUACAGUCUGUGUGUGGCACUACAGUCUGUGUGCGGCUCCUACAGUCUGUGUGCGGCUCCUACAGUCUGUGUGCGGCUCUAUAGUCUGUGUGCGGCUCCUACAGUCUGUGUGCGGCUCCUACAGUCUGUGUGUGGCACUACAGUCUGUGUGCAACUUUAG